GGCGAGAUCCAGACGUAUACUACGAGUGCCUGCUUAGGAGAAACACAAAAGCCUCAACUAAAGAAUUUCAAGUACUGGAUCUGUUAAGAAUGUCGGCGCUUUCGCCAGAGGAUGAAGCUUCACUGCAGUCUAUGGUCAGACAGUUGUUCCAGAGUGUGAAGGAGAGACUGGCCAAUGCACCCUCAGCUGAAUGCGCUGAAGAGAUAAUGUUGCACCUAGAAGAGACAGAUGAACAUUUUCACAACUACGAGCUUGUGAAAUACCUGAGACAUUAUAUUAAAAGUUCCCUUGGAUCUGUGAUAGAGGAGGAAACUGAAAAAUGCACCUUUGCCCAAAGUCAGGGGGAAGGAUUAGGAUACGACACUCUCGUGCAACGUGUGACAAAAAGGACACGUGAAUCCAAAGAGUACACAGAAAUGAUGCAUUCCCUGAAAAACAGCAUGAUGGCUGUUGUAGAAACCCUUCUUAACAAGUUUGAGGAAGACCAGGCGAAAAAUAGAGAAAUGCAGAAAAAAAAUGUACAUGAUCAGCACAGCGGGCGUUUUACUGAUAACUGCUCCGACAGCGAUUCCUCUUUCAAUCAGAGUUAUACAUUUAUGAAUCAAGAACAAUUGCAACAAAUUGCAGAGCAGCUGGAUCCCGGCCAGCCUGAAGAGGUGCGGAAAGAGGCCAUGCAAACUUUAUGUUCUGCUCCACCCUCCGAUGUCCUCAACUGCGAGUGUUGGAAUAUUCUUCAUAAAAACCUCACACAUUCACUUGCCGAUCCAGACUCCGCAUUCACGGAGAAGAUUUUGCGCUUUUAUGCAAAGACCUUUUCCUCCUCCCCGCUGAGCAUGGCAAGAGAGGUUUAUACAAGUUUAGCAAAACAUUUGGAAUUGUCAUUUUUAUCUAGAGAAAGUCAAAAACUCUUGUCGGCUGGUAUAGACAUCACCAACCCGGACACUAUUCGCAUGUUAAAAAAAAUACGGCUUUUAAACGACUACCAGAAGGAAGCUCCAUCUUUUUGGAUUCGACAUCCAGAAAAAUACAUGGAAGAAAUUGUGGACAGCACAUUGUCCCUCUUAUCAGUAACUCAAGAGUCAAGCUUGCCUACUUCCCAAAUGCUUCAAAGUCCCGUCAUUUUCUUGGCUAUGAUUGACACCAAGGCUGUGUGGUUCAAAAAAUGGAUGCAUGCGCACUACAGCAGAACAGUAGUGCUACGACUUCUUAAAAAGGACUAUACAUCUUUGAUUUCUGCAGCAAUUGAUCAGUGCUUCUUCUACUUUGAAUCAUCGCAGUCAGCAGCUGAUGAGCAAGUAAAGUCAACUCCUCGGCAACAUUGUGGCACUAAACAGAAGACUUUCUAUACCAGACGAGAAUUACAUUAUUUAUACUUUGUUCAUUCAGUUAGUCUUCUAGGAAGAUUACUAAUAUAUAAACAUGGCCGAGAACUGUUCCCCAUAAAAGUGAAAACCAGAAAAGAAAAGGUCUCACUGUCUGACUUGGUGGUACUUUUUACCCAUAUUAUGUUGUACUGCGCCAAUGGUCCCAAGGGAGUCGGAGAGUACACAGGAAGCUACUCUCCAGCAGGUUUGGCUAUGGAGGUUCUCAGGAUGCUCUGUGACCGUAAGGAAUGUGCCAGUGCUUGUUUGUAUACUGGGGCAGUUUUAGAUGCCCUGCUGUCCCCAAUACGAAAGCUUCUUGAUGGUAAAAAGGUUCAUAAAAAUUGCGAUGAAACAACUUUAAUAUACAUUGCGGACAUUUUAGCAAGGAUAGCUUCGAUCGAAGGUGGAUUGUCCCUUCUUCUCUAUGGAAGAAAAUUGGACAGUUCUUCAGAAAGCAUCAUAGGUGCGCAUACUAUUGCUAAGUUUACCAAAAAGCUCCUCCAUGAAGACAUACAUGCGUUAUCCGAAUCCGACAUGCUGCCGGCUCUCAAAGGAUCUUUCAUCUUCGUCUGCCGUCAGAUGUAUCAUACAUGCGAGGGACUGCAGGUCCUGCUCCGUUAUCAGCUUCACGAAUGCAUUGCUGAGGCCUGGAGAAAGACGAUUGUAGUGUCCGAGAGAACCCCAACGCCUGUGGCCGGAGGCGCUUCCCUUGCGUCUGGAUGUCAGGAAGCACAGGGGGCAAUGAUAUGGGAAGAAACUCUACUGGACAACCUGUUAAAUUUUGCUGCUACCCCCAAAGGACUACUACUACUUCAACAAACUGGUGCAAUCAAUGAAUGUGUGACAUACAUGUUUAGCCGAUUUACAAAAAAACUCCAGGUGAGCAGAUGUGAGAAAUUUGGAUAUGGUGUGAUGGUUACACAAGUAGCAGCCACAGCUCCUGGAGCUUUAGCUUUGCAAAGAUCAGGCUUCAUCCAGGCCCUACUCACUGAUUUGUGGGCAGUUUUGGAAUGUGGGAGAGAUGAUGUCAGAGUUAUUCAUCCGAAGCCUACUCCAGUAGACCCCAUAGACAGAAGCUGUCAAAAGCCUUUCUUAUCGUUGGUGAACGUAUUGUCAUCAUACCCAGCCGUGUGUGAACUGUUGGGAGGUCAAGAUUUACCAUCAAAAGAUGAAUAUUCAUUGCGUGAAGUUCCCACAUCUUUUGCUGACAUUUUUGAUAGACUUGUUAUUAUCAAUUCAGUCGCUAAAAUUAAUUCAUUAUUCAACUAUGAACAGUCACACAUUUUUGGAUUAAGGUUACUAAGUGUUCUAUGCUGUAAUCUUGAUACAUUGCUGCUUUUGGAGUCACAGUACAACAUAUGUGAGGUGCUUUUAAAUUCUCAGAAAGAAAAUGUUCUAGAACCCUCUACAGAUUUAGAAAAUGUUAUUAUUGAUAGUCUGUCGGUUGAAAGGAACCAUGUACUGGUUCGAAUUAAUGUCAUUGGAGGACCACGUGAACGCAUUUUACCUCCCAGAUCUUUGAUUCAGAGUAAUGAUCCAUAUCCUUGGCCAAUGUGUUCAUCCUAUCCUGUGCCAAAAUGUUAUGUUCCAGAAAUUCCAGCGAAUGACAGCCUUACACAAGACAAUGAGUUUUUCAAGUUCCUAUCGUCAAAAAAUGCAGAUGCAAAAAAUGGCUGGUUGGAAAAGUGUAGAAAACUGUUUUGCAAGACGCUGAAAACUAAACCUGAGUCUUUAAGUGGAGCUGUUUGUGGAGAACUGUUAGACAGAUAUGUACUGCUACUUUCAGAAGUUCCAUCUAAUCGUGUCUUCAUCUGCUCUGAAUUCAAAGAUGAAGAUGUGCAAAAUGAAACUCUACCUGCUGUUCAACAUCUAGGUGUCAAAAUGGUCAUAAGGUACGGUAAGCAUCUAAACCUUCUGAGUAACUCCACUGAGCAAGAUCUCAUUGAACUCCUAAAGAAAUGUGAGAAAUUUCUCAGACAACAAAGGGCUCUCCCCAAUACCACACUACGGUAUUUAAAAGGAAGCUAUUCUGGUCAUGACUGGUUUGCGUCUUCUGUAUUCCUGAUAAUGUCAGGAGACAGUGAGAAAGCAUUAGCAUUUCUCCUGAAAUUUUUCAGUCUCCUUCCCUCAGCAUAUCUUUGGCUGCCACGUCUUCACAUUUCUAGACAUCUUCCUGCUGAAAUUGCAGAGUCUGGAAUCCAUCCAAUAUAUUUUUGUACUGCUCACUACAUUGAGAUGCUGAUGAAGAUAGAGGUGCCACUUGUCUUCUCAGCAUUCCGUAUGUCUGGAUUUACACCCUCCCAGAUCUGUCAGCACUGGCUCAGUCAGUGUUUCUGGAAUUACUUAGAUUGGCCGGACAUAUGCCAUUACAUUGCGGUAUGCAUCCUUCUUGGAACAGACUAUCAAGUGUACAUGUGCAUAGCCAUUUUCAAACACUUACAGCAAGAAAUUCUUCAACACACACAAACACAGGACCUCCAAGUUUAUUUGAAAGAAGAAUCCAUCCAAGGAUUUCAUGUCGCUGAUUAUUUGGAAUACAUGGAGACACUGGAACAGAAACACAGACCAAUGGUUCUACAGGAAAUGAAGAACUUUACUCUUAAAGUAAAAUAGAAAAUGAGACAAUACUUUUUCAGUUCAUCCAUUGGCAAAAAAACUUAAUUAAUGAAUAUGUUAAGGGGUUUUGUUUUAAAAUAGCUAAUGUAACAUUCCCUUUAGACCGAUCACAUUUCGAGAGCAGAUAAUAUAUUUUUAUUAAAUAUGUAUUCGUUUUGAUUUAGCUAUUUGCUGGUUUAUGGUCAAUAAACAUGUUGGGUAGGGUUAGGUUGUACAAUCCCCAGCUUCCCUAGAAAUGCCAGACCACACAGUGAAUAAGACUUUUGUCAGAUGUAAGUACCCUACAUUUAGAAUUAGGAUCGAGUAAAAAGCUUUUACUGUACAGCUGCUGUUUUAUCAUCACUGUAAUAAAAGAAUCAGUAAAAUCUAAAACAAA